GGCGGGGUGGAGCGGCCGGGCCCGGGAGUAGCGGAGCGGGGCGGAGCGGCUGGGCCGGGCCCGGGAGGAGCGGAGCGGAGCGGCACAGGCGGCCCGCAGGUGAGUCCCGGCCGCAGCGCCGGGGAGCCGCCCGGGGUUCACCUCCCGCCGGGUGGGUGAGCCCUGACUCACGGCCGGGCCCGCGGCUCUCCCGGUGCGGCCCCGGCCGGGCCCCGCGGCCCUGCCCGCGGCUCCGCGGUGCCUUUGCCGCGCUCCCGCCGGCGCUCCCCGUGCGGCCUCCGCGCAGGCCGCGCUCCGGGGCCCAGCGGGAUCCCGAUUCCCCGCGCCUGGAUCCCGCUUUGCAGGGCGGGGAAAGCCGCUGGAAUAGACCAACCCGCCUUGCUGCCCGCGGUCCCGUCCGUGGAGAAAAGGUUGAGCUUUUCAAGCGCCUUACCUGGGGUGAGACUUGCGGUGUCAGUGCGCUGUCGGUUCUUCCCUUGCAAUCACAGAAAACGGUGGAAAUCUUGAGCUUAUGCAUCCACUACAUUUGGAAGCUGUACAGCCAUCAGCUUCUUAGCUGCUCUGCUUCCUGAUACUGAAGAGUCUGGGAUUUUUGUUCAUGUAGACUGUUCAAAAUGAAUGAGCAUCCUAAAAAGAGGAAAAGGAAGACUCUGCAUCCUUCUCGUUACUCAGAUUCUUCAGGUGCAAGCAGAUACAUAGACAACAGUGGAAUUUUUUCUGACCACUGCUAUAGCGUCUGUUCCAUGAGACAGCCAGAUAUAAACAGAGGGAGAUUCCACAGUCCUGUGCAGAGCCUGGACACAGAUGAUGAUGGGAGUCCAGUGCAUGCUGGCAGCUCUCACUGGAGUGGGGCACACUCAAAUGUUGGGAUGCACUGUACAGACCCUAAAAAGAAGGAUAAAGGUAAAGAUAAAGGUACUAACAAUGGAAUGUGCAGAGACUUAUGUGACUCACCUAUAUUCAGUGACAGCCCCACAGAAGAAGAGAAACCUCUAGAUAUCCAAACUGUAGAAAUUUCUACAACAGAAGUGAAUGCUGUAGAAGUUCAUGAUAUAGAAACACAGACUGUGUCACCUGAGAAGCUGGAAGCUGAGGACCUUGAGGAAAUCCCUCUGGAGACCUGUAAAAUCUUUGAGAAGAACCAGGCUUUGAAUAUCACAGCUCAACAGAAAUGGCCCUUGCUGAGAGCCAACAGCAGCGGCUUGUACAAGUGUGAGCUCUGUGAGUUCAACAGCAAGUACUUCUCUGAUCUGAAGCAGCACAUGAUCCUGAAGCAUAAGACAUGUACAGACACUCACGUCUGUAAAGUUUGUAAAGAAAGUUUCUCCAGCAAAGUGCAGCUCAUUGAACACGUGAAACUACACGAGGAGGAUCCAUACAUCUGUAAAUACUGCGAUUACAAAACGGUGAUUUUUGAGAAUCUGAGUCAGCACAUAGCAGACACUCACUUCAACGACCACCUUUACUGGUGUGAGCAGUGUGAUGUGCAGUUCUCCUCCAGCAGCGAGCUGUACCUGCACUUCCAGGAGCACAGCUGUGACGAGCAGUACCUGUGUCAGUUCUGUGAGCACGAGACAAACGACCCCGAGGAUCUGCACAGCCACGUGGUGAACGAGCACGCCUGCCGGCUCAUCGAGCUGAGCGACAGCUACCACAGCAAGGAGCGGGGCCAGUACAGCCUCAUCAACAAAAUCACUUUUGACAAAUGCAAAAACUUCUUUGUGUGCCAGGUGUGCGGCUUUAGGAGCAGGCUGCAUACAAAUGUCAACAGGCACGUAGCUAUUGAGCACACCAAAAUAUUCCCUCAUGUUUGUGAUGACUGUGGGAAGGGAUUUUCAGGUAUGUUGGAAUAUUGCAAGCACCUAAGCUCUCAUUUAUCUGAAGGAAUUUAUUUGUGUCAAUACUGUGAAUAUUCAACGGGACAGAUUGAAGACCUUAAAACUCAUUUGGAUUUCAGGCAUUCAGCAGAUUUGCCUCAUAAAUGUACUGAUUGUUUAAUGAGAUUUGGGAAUGAAAAAGAUCUUUUAAGUCAUCUUCAGAUACAUGAGACGGUGUGAUUGCUUUCUUUCCCUGUAAUCAGUUUGUUAGAAUUGAAAUUACUUUCCAGUCACUGGAAUGUGAUAUUAAAUACAAUUUUAACAGCAAUUGUACAUUUCUAAUGUUUUCAUCUUUAUAUCAGCAGAGCAUGAUGUGAAUUGGUGUUGUGAAUUUCCUUGUUCUAGGGGCUUCAGUAGGAAUAACCACAUUUACAGUGUGAUGGAUCAGAUUUUGGGGGGAGGGACAGUGGAAGUAAUUGCAUGUUGUGAUACCAAUUCUGAUGGUCAUCCCACUCUUUUAUGUCUAGUGUACAAGACUAGCUCUCUUGAGUUUAAAGAGGCACAAAAACAAAGCAAAUACCUAAUUCCAUGCUUAAAUAACCCAACACUGGUCUCAGUUCCACAUCCAGCUCAUGUUACCCUGUGUGGCAGCAGACCAUUGUACAGUGUUUGACCUGCCAAAGGUAAAGGUGUUCCAAAAGUUCCCAGGCAUGGACAUCUCCAGAUUCACAUACAGCCUUCAUUUCCCACCUCGUGCUCCUGAUAAGCUUUUACAAUUGUCCUGUUUUUGUCUUGGGGUACCUGUCUAACCUCACUGUUCACUUUGUUCUGUGUUUAGGUCCCACGUGUGAGACUGUCUAACACAUGUACAGCACACUUCCACACAUGAUAUUCCCUUUAUUUACCUUCAGUUCUUGUCUUUUAAUGCACUGAGGAGACACUCAUUGCUUGAGUUUGGAUUGGAUCAUGUUCUGAAGAGUAACUGCAAAAGGAAUUUGCAGUGAUCUUGCUGAGAAUGUACAAAAUUAAUUUCUUGUGUAAAAUCCUAAUUUAGCUCUCACUGAAAUUAUGGAUGUCACCAACCUCUGACUAGACCAAACUUACAGUAGUCUGUAUUAUUGUAAUAAUUCUGUAUAAUUAUCUUUCCACCACUAGUAACUUGAGGAACGUUAUUUUAACUCUGUAAAUUUUAAACUUUCAUAUACAGGUUUAAAAGGCCGGUACGUUACAAAAUUUUUACUAAUCACUCUCAAAUUAUUUCCCACACGUGUUUAUAUUAUAUAUAGCAGUAUCCUGCCAUUGUAAUCACUGGAAGUGAGUUUUUACAGUACAUUCUGUAGUUCUAUUUCUGAGUGGAUACUUGGACAGAUAAAAAAGCAAGAGUGAGGUCACUUAGAUUAUGCUAGAUACCAUGGUGAAAAUAUCCAUAAAUUAUUGGUGGAAUUUACAUUUCUUUCUUCAUGGAUUGUAAUGUAAGAUUGUCUAAUGCAAGCUUUGUAUAGAGAUAGUUAAUGUAUCAAACAUUUCUUGAUCAGUGAGAUUUGGUGUUAUCAGCUUCAAGGCAUGCAAGGGUCUUCAGAUUUGAUUUUUAAAGCUAAGGAUAAAACUUGGCUCAAUGUUAUCAAUUAAUGGAAGUUCUGAUUUCCAGAGAAGUAUUCUUAGAAAGUCUGUGAACCACUCAGUAUUUAUUUUGUUGUGGGAGGGAAGACCAUUUCUGUCACUUUGAAAUGCUGAUUUACCACUAGAUCUUGUGUUUUGUCAUUGAAAGGGGCAACCUGAGGGUGUCUUGCUGUAUUUUAUUACUCUCUUGUAUAGAGAAUUACAGUAUCUGUGGUAGAAUUGCUGAUUUUUUUAUUUUUAACACAUUCUUCCUGCCUGGCUUAAAAUGGUAGCAAUAAUAUAGUUAAGAAAACACUAAGAUGAA